AUGAAGUUCCUCAACACCAUCGCCGUCCUCACUGUCGCCAUCGCCCCCAUGUGGGCCCAGCGAACUGCCAGUGAAAUCGCAGCCGACAAGGUUGGCGCACUUAACUUGCACAACGCCGCCAGGCAGAACGUGACCGGCAGCCGUGGCCCCCGCGCCAACCUCACCUACUCGUCGGUGCUGGACAGCUCGGCGGCCAGCUACGCCCAGGAGCUCGCCAGGCUUGACACCGGCCUCGUGCACGCCUCCAACCGCAACGGCCAGGGCGAGAACCUGUACUAUACCAGCAACUCGAACCACUUGACGCCCUUCCAGGCCGCGUCCAAGGCCUGGCUGGACGAGAAGCCGUUUUACGACUGCCGCAACAUCAGCGGCACUGACCCGGACUUUGGCAAGUUUGGACACUAUACCCAAGCAAUCUGGCGCUCGACCACUCAGCUUGGAGUCGGCAUGGCCAAGGGAAGCAAGACUGGCCGUCUCUAUGUUGUUGCGCGCUAUCUCCAACAGGGAAACAUCGUUGGCCAGUCGGCUUGUUAA